ACCUCCAGUUCACGUAUAACAAUAAACAACCCAGAAACAAGGGAUACGCGUUAGGACCUGUCGCUUGAAUCCGAGACAGAUGUGGUCGGAAAAUGUGAACUUAAACAACAAAUAGCAAGUGAACCAUCUCGUUAACCCCGCCUGGAUUCUUCACGGUCCUGAACACAAAGGAUUUUCGAGUUUUGGGGUCAAGAAACCAAAAGAGUGACGGUUCACCCCCUUCCCUAGCCCCUCUUUAGCUAACACUAGCUCAGUCUUUGCUUGCACACUUUUGUUGGUUUGUUAUGCAGUGGCCAGAGGACUGUUCUCGCGUGUGUUCUCCUCUGCCACCUCUUUGUUCCCUCACUCCCCUGUCUCCAGCCCCAUGUCUCGCUGGCUCUUCCCUUGGUCAGGCUCGAUCAAGAAGCGGGCCUGUCGGUACCUCUUGCAACACUACCUCGGCCACUUCUUGCAAGAGCGACUGAGUUUGGAUCAGUUGGGUUUGGACUUGUACAAUGGCAGUGGUGUCAUCAAAGACAUCAACCUCGACGUUUGGGCGGUUAAUGAGUUCUUGGAAUCUCUCGGUGCCCCUCUGGAGAUUGUGGACGGAUUCGUGAGCAGCAUAGCAGUGACCAUUCCCUGGCAAGCCCUUGUGACAGAUCACUGCACCUUAGAAGUAACUGGCCUUCAGAUAACAUGCCGACCCAAGUAUCGAACCAGCGGGAGUUGGGACUCCCAGGGAUGGUCGUCCAGUAUGACCUCCAGCAUGCAGCUGGCUCAGGAGUGUCUGAAGGACCCCCCAGAGACGUCGGAGGAGCCGCCCGCUCCGCUGGAAGGACUGGAGAUGUUCGCACAGACCAUCGAGACAGUCCUCCGUCGCAUCAAAGUCACCUUCGUGGACACCAUCGUCCGCAUCGAGCACCAGCCCCUGGACCUGGAGACGGGCGUCGCCUUGGAGAUGCACAUCAAACGGCUAGAGUACUGUGACGAGGCGGUGCGAGAGCCAGCCGGGCAGAACGCCGUGCCUGUGGACAUCCACCAGCCCCCGGCCUUCCUGCACAAGAUCCUCCAGCUCAGUGCCGUGCAGCUCUUCUACGAGAGCACUGGCACACACCAGGGCCCCGCUCCCCCCACCCCCCAAGGCUCUGCAGCUGCUAGUGAAGGAGAGGAGGAAGAUGAGGAGGAGGAGGAGGAGGAGGAGGAUGAUGAUGAGGAAGAUGAGGAGGGAGAAGAAGAAGAGGAAUCGCCCUCCAAGGUGCCUUCCCGUCCCACCCAGCAGCCCCUCCUCAUAGGAAGCUGCUCAGGCUUCAUCGAGACCAUGGUCAAAAUCAAACAGAACGACAUGCUGCCCGGACCAAAGUUGGAGCUGGAUGGGAAGGUGGGCUGCCUGCACCUGCUGCUGUCCCCGGAUCAGAUCAUCCACCUGACAGACCUGAUGGCCGCUCUCUGCAUAGACACCGAGCCAGACAGUAAAGGCCCCGGGGUCCACAGCCAGCCCCUGGAGCCCGACGACCUGCGUCUCAUCGAGGAGGACCUCAGCAAACAGCUGGACUCCAGCCCCCGGGACCGGGACUGGGACGAGGACGGAGAUAUGGACCCCUUCCUCUACGGGAUGGAGAACGGAGACAUGUUCUACUCCAUGGGUCCCGGGGUGAUGAGCGUCAGUGUGACGUCGGCGCGCUCCGGCAGUGAGCUCUCCGACAGCGACAUGGAGUCCUCAACGCUCAGCCUGAACAGCCUCUCACAGCCGGCCCAGGGCAUGUCAAACUACCCCAGACGUUAUCCUGUAGCAGGUUCCAUGUCCAGCCUAUCCCAGGCCAGCAGUCGCCCCAGAGGCCGCUCCCACAGUGGCCAGUCCGAGCCCCUGAAGCCAGACGCCUUGCUGCGGCUGUCGCUGGGCGGCCUCACCCUGACCCUGCUGCAGGAGGACCCGCCCCCGGCCGCCGCCGGAGCCCCCUCAUUGGCCCAGGUGUUCUUCCGGGAGCUGGCCUUCUUCAAGGACAGCAUGUUCAGCGAGAGGGACUUCACCCAACUCCGGAGCAGCUUCGCCAAGGCCUGCCCCCACUCCAACAUCAGGCUGACGGGGGCGGCGGUGCAGGUGGCGUGCGAGACGAGGAGCGGCGGGCGCCACAGCCGAUCGGUGACCUCUGACCUGUCGUUCAGCCGGCUGGAGCUGCUGGAGUGUCUCUGGGGGGACGGAGGGCCGCAGUACUGCCAGUUGCUCCAGUUCCAGAAGGCGGGUCUGUUCACACUGGGUACUGCUCCCCGACCCUGUGCUAAGCUGCACUACAGCCUCACUGAGAAGCAGCAGCGCAAGGGCCGACAGAGGGUGGUGCGCCGGGACAGCGUGGUGAAGGUGGAGUUGGCGGAGCUGAGCGCGGAGCUGGACCUGGACGUCCUGAGUCGCCUGGGGAGCCUAAGCAGGGCCUUCAGCCACUGUCCCACACAGAACCCCCAGCCUGCAGCCACACAGGUCCUCAGCAGCGAGCUGUACUCCUCCUUCUCCCUGUCGUCUCCGCACGCCGUCCUGCGGCUCCGCUUCCCCGUGCCCGACCUGCGGCCUCCGCCGGAGAGGCGGCCGCCUACCCAGAAGGCAGUGCGGCAGGAGACCCUGGUGCUGGAGCUCUCGGACCUGGAGCUCCGGCACCAGGAGGCGCCGGACCUGCAGGGGGAGCAGCGGGCGCAGCCCCCCGGACAGCCCCCCGCCGAGGCCCACUGCCUCACCCAGCUCCUCGAGGCCUCCUUCAGCGACCUGCAAGGGUCCUAUGAAGGCUGGGAGGGAGACCCCUUCCCCUGUAUCAGGGUGAAGAAGAACGGUGAAUCUCUUCCCAGGCUAUCCGUGCGUGUGAGUGGCGGGGACGCCCUGGUCUCGGGGCCCGGCGGGGGGCUGGGCUGCUUGGCCCGGGACCUGGCCACCAUGUCGUUCGAGAGCCCGUGUGACAUCGGCGACAAGACCAGCUCCCCCUUCUCCUCCAACCGCACCAUGUUCGAGACCGAGGAGAUGGUGAUCCCCGCUGACCCAGAGGAGAUGCUUCAGUUCCAGGCCCACUGUGUGGCCCACUGCCGCUGUGCCAUGGACAUCAGCCUGCCACUCGCUUACAUCCUCCUGCCCAGCAAGCAGGCCUUCCAGAGCCUCUACAACAGGAUCAACAAUGACCUCUUAAUGUGGGAGCCCCCUCCUCCACCCCCGCCCCCUCCUCACUCUGACCUCCUCCACCCCGUCGCUGCCCACCUCAACCGCCGUCACCACGACAACGAGUUCCAGCUGUGCAAGUCGGCCUUCAGGCUCGAUUCUGAUUCGGAAGAGGAGGACGCUCCUUUCUACUCGGUGGACGACUCAGCAGAGAAGAGAGCGUCCCAGCCCCGGCCGAACCACAACCUCAGCCUCCUCACACUCACUGUGGUCAUCGGCAAGGGCCGCCUCCAGGCCAUGACGGACAGGAAGGACCUCCAUCAUGGGGAGCUGGUGUUGGACCUGGAAGGAGGGAAGAUAUUCAGCGUUGCACAGCACCAGAACAACCCAAAUCUCAACUUCCUGUGCUUGGAGAGCAAGAAAGUGGACCUUUAUCAUAAAGCUGCAAUGAAAGAGUCCCCCAUCCCAGAACGGUUGGAAAUGCCCAACUUUAGCGUUCCGAAGAACCUGGACCCAACCAUUUACCAGACGGAGGCGGGGGUGAGCAGCGUGAGCGGCAGGGAGAGCGGGCUCCAGAUGCUGUCCACCGCGAUCAAGAUAUCCCUGGACCCCAAGAGGAACGUCAAGGAGUUCCUGGUUGCUGUGAGACUUCAGGGCGCCACCAUGCGGCACUACGUGACCCAAACCGGCCACAGCUGGUACGAGCAGCUCGUUGAGUUUCUGGACGUGAUUGACGACCCCAUUCUGGGAUACACAGCGCCUGCUGUCAUUACUGUCCUCCACACUCAGCUGGCCACCUGCGCUGUGGACUACAGGCCUCUGUACCUGCCGCUGAGAGUCGUCUUCACUGCGGAGUCCUUCUCCCUGUCCAGCAACAUCAUCGUGGACACGGCCACCUUCCACCUCAGAUUCAUCCUGGAUGACUCUGCCCUCUACCUCUCGGACAAGUGUGAGAGUGACACCGUAGACCUGAGGAGAGACUACGUGUGUGUGCUGGACAUCGACCUGCUGGAGCUGGCAAUCACCACGUGGAAAGGCAGUGAAGCGGGAAAGCUGACCCAGCCUCUCUUCGAGCUGCGGUGCUCCAACAACGUGGUCCACGUGCACACGUGCGCCGACUCGUGCGCGGCCCUGGUGAACCUGCUGCAGUACCUGGUCUCCCAGGGCGACCUGCACCCGCCCCCCCGCCACACCUCCCCCACCGAGAUAGCCGGCCAGAAGUUACCGCUGUCAGAGAGCCCCGCCUGCCCGCCCCCCUGUCACCCCGCCGAGACGGCAGAGAUCAAUCAGUAUGACCUGGCAGACGCCUUGAUUGACACGGAGAGGAGCCAACGGGAGGAGGGGCCAGAGUCAGGCUCCCCCUCGGUCCCGCGGGCGGACCCCGUCUCCGUCUACCUCUUCCCGGGAGAGGCCCCCAAGCGCCGGCCCUCCUUCCCGCCCGGUGACGGCGAGGAAGAGGAGGAAGAGCAGGCGGAGGAGGAGGAGCCAGACCUGGAGCUGGAUGGGCUGGUCGCCACGGCAACGGAGGUCCAGGCAGACGGGAUGUCCCAGGAGGGGUCGGACGGGUCCACGGACAACGACGACUUCUGCAUCCUGGAGGCUCCGGGCGUCGGAAUACCGUCCAGGGACGGGGAGCCCGUGGUGACGGUGCUGGCCCCGGGGCCCAUCAGGGUGAAGGACGGCCACUUCUCCCGGCCGCGGGGCAGCGCCGACCUGCUGCGGGCCCCCGCCGGCUUCCCGGUCCCCCAGAGCCGCGUGGUGCUGCGGGAGGUGUCCGUGGUCUGGCACCUCUACGGGGGCAAGGACUUCGGGGGCCGGCCCCUGUCCAUACACGCCACGCAGGCUAACAGGGGUCGCUCCGUGCCGGCGGGCGUGCGCUGCUCCCCCUCCCGCUCCACCGGCCCCUCCCGACCCCAGAACUCGUGGCGCUGGGCCGGGGGCAGCGGCCGGCAGCACGCCCUCCUCAUGGAGAUCCAGCUCUCCAAGGUGUCCUUCCAGCACGAGUCCUACCCGGCGCUGGUGUCGGGGCCCGAGGCCGAGGGCCUGGGCCUGGGCGUGGGCCCAUGCCCCGGCGGGGAGCAGCCCCUCUCCAGGCAGGUGUUCAUCGUCCAGGAGCUGGAGGUCCGGGACCGCCUGGCCUCCUCCCAGCUCAACAAGUUCCUUUACCUCUACACCAGCGAGAGCAUGCCCCGACGGGCCCACUCCAACAUGCUGACAGUGAAGGCGCUACAGGUCUGCCCCGAGUCAGGCCUGGGGGGUCCCGAGUGCUGCCUGAGGGUCAGCCUGCUGCCCCUCCGCCUCAACAUCGACCAGGACGCCCUGUUCUUCCUGAAGGACUACUUCAGUAACCUGGCCUCCCUGGUGAACCCCUACCUGCCUGUCGACCCUGCAGCAGAAGUGAAGGCAGACUCCGCCCAGAGGUCGAGCGAGGAGGCGGAGUCAGGGGGCAAUCUGGGUCCUGACCUCGCGGCCUCCGUGGAAACCACCUAUAGCGAGCAGAGCUCCUCCUCUGCCGGCUCCACCUCCUCCUCUGACCAGCCAAUCUACUUCCGGGAGUUCCGUUUCAUCUCUGAGGUGCCCAUCUGGCUGGACUACCACGGCAAACACAUGGUCAUUGAGCAGGGGACGUUUGCGGGCAUCCUGAUCGGGCUGGCCCAGCUCAACUGCUCCGAGCUGAAGCUGAAGAGGUUGUGCUGCAGACACGGGCUUCUGGGCGUGGACAAGGUGAUCCAAUACGCUGUCAGCGAGUGGCUGACCGACAUCCGCAAGAACCAACUGCCGGGGAUUCUGGGAGGCGUAGGCCCCAUGCACUCUGUAGUCCAGCUGUUCCACGGCGUCAGGGACCUGUUCUGGAUGCCCAUCGAGCAGUACAGGAAGGACGGCCGAAUCAUCCGCGGGCUCCAGCGGGGGGCGGCGUCCUUCGGCACCUCCACCGCCUCGGCCGCGCUGGAGCUCAGCAACCGGCUGGUGCAGGCCAUCCAGGCGACGGCGGAGACGGUGUACGACAUCCUGUCCCCCACCCCCCCGCUGACGCGCUACAGCAUCACCGAGGGCCGGGCCCCCGCCGGCCGGCCCCGCCGCGCCGUGCAGCCCGCCGACCUGCGGGAGGGCGUGGCCAAGGCCUACGACACCGUCAGAGAGGGGGUGAUCGACGCGGCGCAGACCCUGUGCGACGUUGCGUCGCGGGGCCACGAGCAGAAGGGCCUCCCCGGGGCGGUGGGCGGCGUCCUGCGGCAGAUCCCGCCCACCGUGGUCCGCCCCCUCAUCGUGGCCUCGGAGGCCACCUCCAACCUGCUGGGCGGCAUGCGCAACCAGAUCAAACCGGACGCCCGCAAGGAGGACUUCCUGAAGUGGCGCACGGAGGAAGGCCAAGAGUGAUCUGUGUUUGUGUGUGUGUGUGUGUGUGUGUGUGUGUGUGUGUGUGUGUGUGUGUGUGUGUGUGUGUGUGUGUGUGUGUGUCACCUAUUUGGUUAGGUGGCAAGUGUUGUGUAAUGUGUGUGUGCGUGUGUGCGAUCGUAUACUCGAUCGAGUCUAACAGCAUUUGGGAAGGCGUUAAAGGGAGUGAAUUGGGCGACCAGUUGCACGUGUUUGUUUUACAGAGAAACUGAGUUUGUCUACUCGAAUGACUUAUGUCCAGUAUUUUACACAUCUCGCUUCCUCACAGACAUUUUGCCCCCCACCCCCCUACCCCC